ACGUCCAGCCUCGACUUUCUUUCCAACACUGUGGAUUAUUUCCGAACCUUUUCGGUCACGGGUUUGGUGCUCGGCGACUUUAUUGUGGUCUACCAACUGGGGGGUCCUUGUUAUAAUCCGCCAACAUAACAGCGGUUUAGAGGGACGUGAACGCACCACAGUAGGAAAACCUGGUGGAAAUAAGUCGCCCGGAGUUUUGUGUCAUGAGUGUGUGGAGGUGGAGACCGACCAGACAGGGCGAGAGCUCAGGUGUGUCGGAUGAAGCGACAGGACUGCGGGACUCGGUGUGGUCCUCCGGAGCGGAUCUGGAAGCGGGUGGAUGUGGAGAGGUCGUGAUGGAGUGGAGAGAACAAUCGUCAGUCAGCUGCGAGGAGGCUUUCGUGGAGGCUCAGAGGUGGAUCGAGGCUGUAACCAAGAAAACAUUUGGGAGCAGAGACUUCCGAUCAGCCCUGGAGAAUGGUGUUCUGUUGUGUGAUCUGAUCAACAGAAUCAAGCCUGGUCUCAUCAAGAAGGUCAACAGACUCCCCACGCCUAUCGCCGGCCUGGACAACCUUAACGUCUUCCUGAAAGCCUGUGGGAAGCUUGGACUAAAGGAAGCGCAGCUCUUUCACCCCGGAGACCUUCAGGACUUGUCUUCAAGAGUCACUGUCCAGGAUCAAGAGAGCAGCAGGAGGCUGAAAAAUGUUGUGAUCACCAUCUACUGGCUGGGAAGAAGUGCUCAGUGUGAACGUCUCUAUGAUGGACCUUACCUGAACUUCAAGGCGUUUGAGGGAUUACUAGGCACAGCACUUUACAAGGCUCUCCAGGAAUCUCCAAGUCAGAGAGGCAGCAACACCAGAGACAGCGGCUUUGGAGAUCACUGGAGCUCAGAGCGAGAGGAGCUUGAACACCUAAGAGGAGGAGGGGGACACAGGAGAGACAACUCCCUGGACAGUUUAGAGUCUCUCAGCUCCCACAAUCCCAGCAACUCAUCUGACGCCACAGUCAAAGGCAGCAGCGAGGGCGGUUGCAGUGACACAGAGGUGGACUCGGCCCUCAGGAUGGCGGAAAACAAGGACUCCCUGAGUUACCGCCGCUCUGUCACCCUCACUCCCAAAGUCAGCACCCAGUUUAACCAAUUCCUGCCCACCAAAGACAAGCAGUCCAGCUACGUGCCGGCGCCGCUGAGGAAGAAACGAGCGGAGCGCAAUGAGGACAGUCGGCGCAGCUGGGCCAACCCCAUGCACCCUGAGGAGGACGGAUCACUGACCAGGUCUCCUAGACAACGGCACAUGAGCGAGACUAUCGACGGAAGUAAAUCCACCGGCGAUAUCCCGGUCAACCCCACAGUUCUACGCCAGACUCAGUUGGAGGAGCUCCAGAGGUAUCGAGAGAAGAUCAAGCAAAGUGAAGACAAGUGGCAAGAUGACCUGAGCAAAUGGAAGAGUCGACGCAGGAGCGUCAACUCGGAUAUCGUCAAGAAGAAAGAGGAGCGGGAGAAGAUUGAGCAGAUCACGUUCGGCGGGGAACACAGGAGGUCCAAGACCUUCAAGGAGAUGCAAGAGCAGAGAGAGAACCGAAGAAAUAAUAGCAUCGGCGGCCGUCUUUCAUCGCUGUACACUGAUGACGAAGAGGUGUUUGAGAAGCCCGUGACCUCCCCUCAACGCAGGUCCUUACCUCCGAGGAGCUUUACUAUUGACACUCCCUACACGUCUGAGCCUGCUCAGAAGGAGGUGAAGCCGGUCUCUCCCAAAGCCACCAGCAGACGCUCGCUCACAUCAAGCUCCGAGGACAGUGACACGGAGGAGACUCCCACACAGCUGCCCAGCGUCGCCGCACCAACCAGCAGACCCAGAUCACCGUCACCCCAGCUGAGGAGUUCACAGACCACCAGGAACAUUGAGGGGACCAGCACAACCAUCAGCACUAGCACAGUCCUCUCCACACGCCCGGUGUUACGGGAGCAAGAGCCUCUGCGCCCGCUGCCCCGUCUGCAGACGGACUCAAGGGAGGCGCCCUCUUCUGGUUCUUUGUACAAACAGCAACCACAGAACAGCACGAUGGAACCCAAACUUCCUGCCGCGUCUCGGGUUUCUGCCUCUCUCCCCAGGACAUACCAGAUAACAGACAGCGCACGGCUGGUCACACCAAGACCUUUUGGGAUGCAGUCAUCUCGCAUCACGUCACUUCCUCGCACUUUUGGUCAGGUGGACGACCCCAGCAAGCGUCUCAAUGGCAACGCUGCCAAAAAGUCAACGGUGCCGAGCCGCUACCAUCAGUACAUGACUCCUGAAGAUGAGGUCCAGUCUCCAAGCAGCUCGAGCAGUGAGGAUGAGGAGGAGCAAGAGAAGAGCGCCACCAAGAGCAUCUCACCUGCCCCACCACAGGCAGCUGUUGCUCCACUCAAAAAAGCCAGUGAGGAGACUUGUCAGAUGCGCAUCAGCCUGAACCAGAAGCCCAACAGCAGUCGAGACUUCGGCUUUCAUGCCGCCUGGGACUCCACAGGGGCCCGUGUCUCCUCCAUCCAGCCAGGCAGUCCUGCUGAGAUCUUCCAGCUCCAGCCUGGAGACGAGGUCCUGACUGUCAACGGCCAUCAGGUGGCAGAGAUGAGCUACACAGACUGGAAGGCCAGCAUGGAGGCGGCCCUGCAGGAGGGCAGUCUGGUCAUGGACGUCCGCCGUCAUGGCCAGAAGACCUGGGACAGAGACCAACCUUCCCCGCCAUUUAAAAGCCAUAAGACCAUCAAUCUCACCAGUUUGGAACAUCCGAUGCUUGUAGGUUUCCCAGACUCCAACGCCAUCAACAGCCUGGAUUUCACCUCCCGCAUCUCCAGGGAGACGGCGUCGUCCACCUGGACCCCCUCCCACUCCGUUAUUGAUGUGGCUUCAAACGGAGUUAAUGGAGGUUUUCGUGAUGAUCCGGUGAACAUGAGGAAUAAAGAAUCAGAAACCAUAUCUUUGAAAAACUUAAAACGGCGCUCAGAGUUUUUUGAGAAAGGGGGACCCGACUCUUCCAUGCCUGAAAUCCCUGUACCUGCAAUCACUCCAUCCAGCCGCUGGUCUUGGGACCCAGAAGAGGAGCGCAGACGGCAGGAGAAAUGGCAGAAGGAGCAAGAGCGCCUCCUGCAGGAGAAAUACAAGCGCGACCAGGAGAAGCUGCAGGAGGAGUGGCUCCGGGCGCAGCAGGAGAUCGCCAGCAGCUCCAAGCUACAGCAGCCGGGGAGUCUGGAGUUGCGCAGCAGCAGUGUGAGCCCUCUCUCAUCCCUCUCUCCGGUCAGCCAAUCUUGGGAGGAGGAGGAGAAGCUGAGGAAGGAGGAGCAGGAGCGCCAACAGCAGGCAGAGGAGAAGCGAAGACAAGAAGAGGAGGAGAGACAUAGGAGGGAGGAGCUGGAGCGUCAACGACAGGUGGAGGAGAGGAGGAAGCGAGAAGAGGAGCAGCGGGAACUGCAGCGUCAGCAGGAGGAACGGAGGAAGAGAGAGCAACAGGAAGAAGAAAGAAAGGAGAGGGAGGCAGAGGAGCUGAGAUGGCAGCAGAGAAGAGAGGAGGAGAGGCAGGCGGAGGAGAGGAAGAGGCAGGCGGCGGCGGAGAAACUGCGCAGAGAAAGAGAGAAAGUCCUGGCGCAGCAGCAGUGGAAUGCCGGCUCCCAUUCUUUCUCCAACUGGGAGUCGACACUUUCUAUCAGCGACAGGCAAAAGUCCAAGUCAUCGCCUCAUCUUGAUGGAGACGACAGAACACGGAGAGUGACGGGGGUGGCGGCCGUGGACCGCAGGAGUCAGCAGUCGCUGACGCCGGCUGAGCUGGAGAGGCAGCAGAUCUUGAACGAGAUGAAGAAGAAGAACUCCCUUCUGACCGACAACAGCUGGAUCCGCCAGCGCUCGGCCUCCAGCAAGGACAGCGACAGUCCACCGAUGCGCAGAGGCGAGUCUCUUGACCACUUGGAAACUUCGUACAAUUCCUGGCGCUCAUCGUGGACGCCCAGGAGUAACUCGCAGAUACCCAACUACGCCCGGCCCCACUCGGCCCUCUCUGGCAGUACUUCACACUAUGGUGGCGGGUCGGGGGCACGACAGGGGUCUCCCACUCUCACCUCCUCCUACUCUUUGGGCUCACUGCGAGGCAGCGCGGGCAGACAUGCUUCCUCCUGGGGUCAUCAAUCUCCUUCACCGUCACCUUCGUCUCCGUCGCCGGCGACCUCUCCAGAGCCCCCGUCUGAGGCCGGUGGAUCACAGAGGAGCAGGUCAGUCAGUGGCAAGAAAAUCUGUACAUUCUGUGACACUCCACUGGGGAAGGGAGCGGCCAUGAUCAUCGAGUCCUUGGGACUCUGUUAUCAUUUGGGAUGUUUUAAGUGCAUCGACUGCCACGCCGACCUCGGAGGAUCAGAAGCCGGCGCCGAAGUCAGAAUACGCAACAAACAGCUCUACUGUAACUUGUGCUACAUGCGAUUCAAAACCGGGCAGCCAACGUCCAUGUGAUUUGACUAAACUCCACCAGAUCGAUGAAGAAACCAACGCAACUCAAGAGCUUUGAUGUGAACACUGACGGCGCUGAGGAAAAAAAACACGUCAGCUUUGGGACAAACUCCCCGGGAUUGAAGUUGAAUUUCUGAUGAGAAUUAUUUGUGUUUUAUUUUGCUGUGUGUGAUUGAGUGGGCGGAGCUUGCAUUGCUGUUUAUAUUAAGUAUUACAGUUGUACAAAGUCGAUGGGUUCUGCAUGCAACAGAGAUUUCUAGCCGUGAAACUAGUCAAGUGUUAAAUCGCGAGUGCAGAUUUAAGAAUCUCCUGGAUCAAAUCCUGUCGUCGAAGCUCCAUUUUCCCGCCAAGCUUUCGGUCUGUCGCGCGGUGUUCCUGUCACGUCUGUGCGCCUUCAUGUCUGCAGCGAGGAGACCUCAGCAAAAUAAUCCUUUUAAAUGUAUUUAAAUCUUGAAUUUUCACUGACAAUUGGAAGAUCAUGCACUAAAGCAGGUUCUGUGUCGAGAGAAUACACUCAAUAAAAAUCUGAAAAAUGACAUUUGAACUCGGGAAAUGCCCAAUAUAUGCCUUCGUUUGAAAUGCAGAGAUAAAUAUUGUGAUUUCAAUGGUGGACUGUUGACUUAGCUUCUUUGGCUAGUUAGCCGCGGCGCUGCGACGGAUAUUCCAUCCUGCCGGUGAAUCACUCCGCUCAUCCGUCUCUGUCCUUUGUUUCGCGCUGAAUGGAAUUUAAAUGAGACACGGCGAGCUUCAGAAGACGUACCUGCUCUGUAUUCACCAAAGCCAAUUUGUCAGUGCUAUUUCUCCCGGUGCAUACAUUACGCCUGAUUACGCUUUGAUAAGCUCUUUCAAUUAUGCAUCUCUUCACUCCGCCUGCGUCGUGGAGCCACUCUUGCAUUUUAUAUAUAUUUAUAUAAAUGAAAGUUCUGGCCGCUCAACAACGCGUUCAGAGAGAUGAUGGCUCCGAGUGUGGGAAUCAGCUGUGAAGAUGAAAUGUAUAGAUGGAAGCAGACGGAGCGUAAAACCAGCGCUGUGAUCUAAACCUCAUGCUGUAGAUGUUUCACUCUCCCGGAAGGAUUUCAGCCCUCCAUCUAAAACGCAUCUGAUUGGAAGUAUUUGAACCGCGACUGUGAUGUUUGAAGCUCAGCGCACGGAGGGUGGAUGUGAUCAGUCGUCUCCUUAAUAUAACCUCAGGCUGUCUCCUGUAAAUGGCCCUCCUGACUCUUGAAUCUGAGACCCAAAACGCACUGCAACAGUUGACACUCACAGUUGAAUCCAGAGGUCCAAAAGGUCUAAAAAGAUCUGCUUUUUUUCCUUCACUUGUGCACAGUUGGGACGCAGGGAAAGUGAAACUAAUCUCCACUGCAUGUCCCGGGUCUGCCCCAUGGUCUCCUCCCAGUCGGACACCUAUAUGCAAGGUACCUUAGCCACCACUACUGGCUGUUCCAAGCGGCUCUAGUUUGAGUCUUGAAAGCCAACUUCCAAAGUUAAGGAUUUCAAAGCAGCAGCAUCCCACUGUGCCUUCACACUUCAGUAUGAGGUUUUAACCCCCCAAAACACCUUCUCAUUUUUCCAUCUAUAAUUAACUUGUACAAAGAAUAGAGCGGAUAAAUGGAGACAUGAAAUGAUGUGAGAGUCUCAUCCUUAAAGGUCCACAUGCGACCUUUGUUUCAGGCUGACGAUUAACUUUCA